AUGCCUCGUUUGUGUCCUUGCACUUCUUCAGUGCCGUACACUUCUGCAGUGCCUGCACUUCUCCAGUGUCUGCAUGCAAGGAUCCAGGGUCCAGCGGCUGAUGCUUGCUGCUCGAAGAAUUGCUUGGAUACGUUCUUGCAUCAGGGCAAGCUCCAGAGCCUCAUCAAGAAGAUAGAGAAGUACACCGAGGAAGAGAAGAACAGAUUCCUGCUCAGCAUCAUGAGCCUUUGCCCGGUUGACAGCAGUGGCAACUUGCGAUACCAGCUCAUUGGCCAGCACAUCUGCUCGCAUGCGUUCGCGAAGCUCUUGAACGUCAACUACAAGAGAGUCAAGAGAUUGUUGCCGGGCGUGGGCAAGGGGCUGCUUCCAGCUGAUCUGCGCAGCAAAGCCUCGACCGUUACAAUCGACUCUUUGAGCCCGAAAAGUGAAAGCGUCGAUGGCUACUUGCACUUCUGCUACACGUCCGUGGCGGAACCUCUCAGCGAGACGCAUUGCGACGUUGACUGUCCGUACCUCAAAGACUUAUACGUCUCCGCGGGCUCAUUCCUCUCAGGCGAGUUAGGAGGCUUGCGACGUGAUAUUUUUGAAUGCUGGCUUUUCCUGAUAGGUGGUUCCAUCGAUGACCUCGUGGUCCUUCCAGAUGAGCCUGGUCUGCAGGAAGCUUUGUUCCUGGACUCCGAUCCAGUGGCACUCGCUGCUGCAGAUACCGGACCAGGCUUGCUACUUAGAUUGGCACGUGUUGGAGUCACUUGGGUGUGGCAGUCGUCGUGUUGUGCUUUUCGAGGUGUAGUCGUGGGUGUGGCAGUCGUCGUAUUGUGCUUUUCGAGGUGUGCCACCUGUUCUCGGUUCUCCCAGAGGAUCAAGAAUGCUCUGGCAGAAGCCGACAAGAUCCCAUUGCAAAGGGCGCAGGAGCAACACAUCAAUCAGGUGAUGUCGCAUCGGACCUUGUGCACAAGGCUCAACCACCUCAGCGAGGAGUCGACUUCCAGACCGGGGAUCUCGGAUCCGACCGGGAUCUUGAAAAUAGACCUGGACGGUGCAGAUCAAAGCAAGACCUUGCUCCCCAAAGGGCUCGACAACAACAAGUUCCUGUCGUCCCUUUGGCGCGCGCAGCUUCAUGUCAUGGGAGCUUUGGUGCAUGGAGCUGCUCGUCCAAGCAGAAGCAGUGCGGAAUGGCUUGUAGGAUGUUGCGCUGCAUGA